GCUUUGACUGCAUUUGUAUUUUGUCUGAAAAAACCAAAAAACAUAAAAUAUGAUAGAUUGACAGCAAAAAUGGAGCAGUUCUUAAGGUAGAAUAUUCUUUUAUCAUUAAAAUGUAACAGACGUAAAAAGAGAAUGGAUCAUGUCGUGAUAACAUAUUGCUUUAUCGUUGGCUUUACACUUGAUACACGUGUUAUGACAUUCGACUUGAGCAGCAGGCACGAUCUAGCGGUAGUGCUUAACAUUCGGUAGUCAAGACGCAGUUUCUUUUUGAGUUGCUUUUCUUACGUACCACUUUCUGUUUACAUUCUGACAUUGUUAGAUGCAUACACGUGCAUUCACUGUGUUCAACUGUUAAAUAACAAUUAUAAAAGAAAUAGGACAGGAUAUGUUUUUGAAUUUUUGAGUUUAAUUUUUAUGCUUUAAAACGCAUAAGAUAUGCGAGUUUAAAAAGAAUCGAUGUUGUGGAAACGCUUUUCAGUAAAUUUAUCUCAUAUCUCUAAUCGAUUUUUGCAUGUGUCUCUAUUUUGCUGCACAGAUGUCAUGUCGCUUGAUUUGAAUAAGCUCAAGAAAAGAAAACCGACAGAAAACCAACAGCCUAAGAAAAAGAUAGACAGAUUCGAUGGACUGUCAGAGGAAGAAGUGCAAAAGUAUACAUUGGAAGAUUAUUUGGAAAUGAAUCUAGACAUAGUCUUUGUUGGAAUCAAUCCGAGUCUAAUGGCAGCACAUCGUGGCAGAUAUUAUGCAGGUCCUGGCAAUCACUUUUACAAACUUCUCCACGAAUCUGGCCUAACAUCAAGAUUUGUCAGUUUUGAAGAAGACUACAAACUCUUGCAAUACAGUAUUGGCUUGACAAAUAUCGUAACACGUCCUACUAGAUCUGCUGCAGAUCUCAAGCGAACAGAAAUCAAAGAGGGUGCAAGUGUAGUGGAAGAAAAACUGAAGUUAUAUAAACCCAAAGUUGCAGUGUUCAACGGUAAAUGCAUUUAUGAGGUUUUUGCCAAUAUUACCUCUAGAUCCUCUUUUCAUUUUGGGUUGCAACCUGAACGUAUCGAUGAUACUGCAAUCUGGGUGGUACCAUCAAGUAGUGCACGAUGUGCUCAUUUUCCCAGAAUGGUAGACAAAUUGCAUUUUUAUACGGGAUUGAAGAAAUAUCUACAAUUUCUAAAAGGUGAAAUUAGCAAUGUUGAUGUAAAGGAAUUCCAGUUUGAGGGAAAAUGCAAACAAUCUGUGGCUAGCACUUCUAAAAUGUGGCGGCGAAAGAAUAUUUCCACUUUUCUGCACGGAGGUAGAGUUGCUAACAAGUAUACACUUUGUCUAGAUACAUCAGAAGAAGAUAUUGCUGCUGUUCGUGUAGCAGAAUUUUUAGUAGAAAAAUCUACUCAGGAUAAUGAAAAUGAGGAUAAGGAUGCAUUUUUUAAUGCAGAGUUAUGCAGUCAAGAAAAUCAGAAUCAAGCUUUAUUCAACAAAACUGUAGAAAAAACUAAGAGCAAUACUAGAAAAAUGAAAAAGUUUGUAACUGGUAAUGUUAAUAAUGAAAUGAUUGCUAAUAAGUCAGAAAAUAAAGAAGCCUCUGACAUUAAUAGGAAAGAAAAUUGCACUUCUCCAAUUAAUGAUGCAAUAAAUCAAGAAACUAAUGUAGCAAAUGGCAAACGUAGUAAGAAAUGUAAAUCUUCAAAAAUUACUCGCAGAACUGUAGAAACUCGAAAUAAUUUGAAAAAUAAUAGAAAUAGCUCACUUGAUUUUAUGAGUUUAAUCAAAGAAAGAUUAUCUCAGAAAAGUAACGAUAAUGAUACUACCUCAUAAUUAAAAUCUAGUUAAAAAAUAUUUAAUGACAUGAUAAAGAAUAGUGCACGUUCCAGUGAUUUUACAAGUAUUAUUUUUAGCAUAUAUAUAUUUAUACAAUUUUAUACUUAUUUUUGUAAUUUAAAGUUUUGUUA